ACACGCGAGGAAAGAAGUAAUGAACCCUAUGUCCCUGUUCAUUUCAUUGCUUUCUCAAAGAUCCACUUCCUCUCUCCACUGAGCCAAUCCCAUUGCGAUGAGGAGCCUAACUUCAAGCGCCAGACUCCUCGCAACCGCGGUAUCCUCGAGGGGAUCCACAUGGACGUGGUCUCACCAGCCGGUGCGCAGGUACGGCCUGAUUCCCAUGGUCAUAGAGCACUCGUCACGAGGCGAGCGAGCCUACGACAUCUUCUCCCGCCUACUCAAGGAACGCAUCGUCUGCAUCAACGGGCCCAUCUCCGACGAUACUGCGCACGUCGUCGUGGCCCAGCUCCUCUUCCUCGAGUCCGAGAACCCCUCCAAGCCCAUCCACAUGUACCUCAACUCCCCCGGUGGCGCCGUCACUGCAGGUCUCGCAAUUUAUGAUACUAUGCAGUAUAUCCGGUCUCCAAUCAAUACAAUUUGUUUGGGCCAAGCGGCAUCAAUGGCGUCUCUUCUUUUAGCUGCAGGGGCCAAGGGCGAGAGGCGGGCACUCCCAAAUGCGACAGUUAUGAUUCAUCAGCCUUCGGGAGGGUAUAGUGGGCAGGCGAAGGAUAUAACGAUCCACACGAAGCAGAUUGUUCGGGUUUGGGAUUCGCUGAAUGCCCUGUAUUGUAAGCACACAGGGCAGUCACUAGAGGUAAUUCAGACGAAUAUGGAUAGGGAUUAUUUUAUGACGUCAGGUGAGGCCAAGGAGUUUGGGAUUAUCGAUGAGGUUAUUGAUCAGAGACCAUUGACUCUGGUCACUGAUGCUGUUGCUAAGGAAGGAAAGGACAAAGGCUCAAGUUAGGAUUAGAGGGAAGAAAUGCAACAACUUAACAGAGCAAUUCCAAGAUGGCUACCUUUAGUUUCCUCUCGAUUGUGGUUUGCUUCUCAGUGGCCGGUUUGCAGUUCUGGCAUCUGAAGACAUUCUUUGGGAAAAAGAAGCCUCUCUAAUUUUGUCUCCUAAAAGUCGUUAGUUCAUUAGUUGUAUGAUUAUAUUUUGUAUUUUGUAUUUUGUAUUUUUUUUUUAAAAUGUUUUGUGGGCUCGAUAUGAUCACCAAAGGAUUAAUUGGACUAUAGGUACCAUCCAUGAAGUCGUUUUUAAACAAUUCUCAACAAGUCCUUGUUAUUGAAUUUGAA